AAGAGCGAUAACUCUGUAUUACAUUACUAGACGGUUGUUUGUUGUUAUCGACCCAAGUCAGUAAGUUGUCCUGUACAUUCGGCAUCUUUGUGGAAAUGUAACUCGCUCUUCGUUAUCGUUUCAUCUGCCAUAUUCUUGCUAAAAGCAUGGCAGAAAGAAUGAAUUUGUCGGGCCGUGGGACGAGACAUCCUCUUAAAAUUUUCGCAAACAUGUUCGUAACUUUCAUCGGAGGUGGAAUAUUAGGACUCCCGUUCGCGUUCAAAGAGGCUGGCAUCAUAGAAGGCAUAAUCACCAUGGUUUUUGUUUCUAUUGUUAGCAUUAAAGCUAUGCUGCAAAUAGUAGAUUGCAAGUACAAGAUACUAGGCAAGAGAAUCCAGGGCAUUUCAAAAGCCAUGACAAGAGAGGCCAAGGAAGAAGACUAUGACAGCUUGAUUGCACCAGAAAUGUCAUCCAGGGAUUUCCUGAAAGAGGAAGGCAACCUUAUGAUUAGCAUCAAGGAACCUCGAAUACAGUACAAUGAUCUUUCCUAUGGAGAUAUAGGUUACCAUGCACUUGGACAUGCUGGAAAGAUUUUAGUUGAUCUUGCAAUUGUCCUCACACAAACAGGGUUUUGCUGUGCUUACCUUAUUUUCAUAGCAGAGAACCUUUCUGAUUACAUCUCUAGUAUCAAGUUAUGGGGAUGGCUGUGCUUUCUUCUCCCUCCAUUGUUUCUACUGACACUCUUCCGUCAUCUCAGCACCCUGGCUUCAUCAAGCUUGCUUGCACAGAUUUCAAAUCUCAUGGCUUUUGGGGUUGUUUUCUGGUUCGAUCUUGAACACCUCAGUCAAGUCAACAUUCAUCCAACAGAAGUGUCUAUCAGAGGUUUCCCCUUCUUUUUAGCCAUUUCCAUCUAUUGUUUUGAGGGUGCAGGUAUGAUUCUUUCAUUGGAAGCCUCCCUUGCUGAAGAUGUUCAACAUAAAUUUAAAAAGUUUUUCAUCCUAGCCAUGGUUGUCAUCACAUCAUUGUACAUAUCUUUCGGAAUCUGCGGUUAUUUGUCAUUUGGACAAGACACAAAUGAAGUCAUUACACUCAACUUGCCCAAAGGGCAGAGUUUUCACUUCAGCAUGGUGGUUAAGAUCUGUCUGUGUCUUGGUAUUUUUUUCACCUACCCAGUCAUGCUUUUCCCUGUCAUCAAGAUUAUAGAAAACUACUUCUUACCUGAUGCUAAUCAAAAGCCCUGUAAGGGGAACAUCUUGCGAGGUUGCCUGGUGAUGCUGACGGGAUUUGUAGUGCUUGCAGUGCCUAACUUUGCCAAUCUUAUGGCUCUUGUGGGCGCCAGUUGUUGUACACUUCUAGCAUUCAUACUGCCUGGUGUGUUUCAUCUUUGUAUUUACAAAAGUUCAAUAACAAGAUCUCAGCAAAUAAUUGAUUGGCUUCUUAUUCUUUUUGGCAUUUGUGGCACAAUUGCAGGAACAGUGGAUGCAUUUAAGCGUCUGUCUAGUUUUCAGACAGGUUUCAAUGUACAGAAUGUUACAAUGAAAAUUGUUUCAACAGAAAAUAUAACACAAGUGACAGGUGUUCAUAGUGCACACAUGGCCAUUACACCAAGCUCUGUUAAUAUGAGAUUCAAACCUUCAACACCACCUACAGCAAAUUAUGUAACCAAAUCCUCUGUGUGGACUUCAUCUAAACUUCAGACAUUUUUGGAGGCGAAAAGUGCAAAUUUGACAGAUAAACAGAAAAUGAUGUAUGCAACACCUUCCAAAUCUGCUUUAUUGUGAUUAGCUGUUGAAAUUGUGAUUGAAGCCCAGCUCUUCAAACAUAAAAGACCAUUUAUUGAGCUGCUUUUUUAAAAAGGUUAAGAUGAGAGGUGCAAUGCAGCUAUUUUUGUUAGAAUGUUGCUUAGCUGAUAUAUCAUUUCUCUGCAUUGUAGAUGCAUUUGGAGGAUAUGCCAUGGUGUUUUACUUCUCUUUGAAGGGGUGCUUUGAUCUCACUUCUGUUUCUAGAUUUAUGUGACUGAUGGACAGCUGUGUACCAUAUGUUAUAACACCCUGUUAAAAAGAGUCCAAUCAGUUUUGUACAUUGUUUUCAACUCAAGUUUUUGUGUGUAAGCAAAUACUUGAACUGAGAACAAGCAGCAUUUUACCCAAAGAUUUGAUGGGUAAAGGUAAAAGUAAAUGGAUUUACAAGUUGUAAUAUUUGCUAUUUACUCAAACAUGUCACCAGUAACAAAAGACGUUGAAAGACUGAAGAUCCAUUGGUUUUCUAUAAAACAUGUUAGGACGAAAUGUGAAGUUUUUGUAUUGUAAAAAGUGAAUCAAAAUGUUUACCUUAUUUGUGAAGAAUGAUUAGUGUUGAUGUGUCAGUUUGUGAGAAAUAAAAAUAAAAAAAAGACAAAGUGGGUGUGCAUGUUUUCACAUUUCAUAGGCAUAAAAAAAUAGACUACUUAGCCAAAGGAUCAAUUCAAAAUGUGCUCAAAUAUUUGGCUGCAGAGUUUUAUGAUUAAUUUGCAUUAAAUGUCAUUUAUUUAGGUUUUCUAUAUGUUUCUGUAAUGUGUUAUAAGACAGCAGGUCAGUUGUCUGUGAAAUUUUGAAUUUCAAAUCAAAGGCAGCUCCUUGUAUCUCAUAUUUCUUUUUUUAGUUUGGGUUUCUUUUGGUUGGGGGGGAUGUAGGACAUUAAUAUAUUGUAUUAUGAUCUUCUUAUUCCUUUUCACCUCCAGUAGACCUUAGGGCCGCAACUACACCACACAAAAGCUUGUGUUGCAUUUGUGGUUUCUGUAGCAGGGGUUGUUUUACAGGGUUGGAUUGCUAGUCCCACACCUAACCCUCCUCCUUUAUCCAGGCUUUGGGAUCAGCAGGUUACCUGGGGUUUUUCCAGGCGGAGUUGUAUUAUGAUGGCAGCUACCUAACAUGCAGUGCUAACCUGCAUCGUGUUCUUAACACACUUUAUGCAGCUUACACUCUGCAUAGCUUUGUUUGCCUCUAUUUUUUUCUCUCUCUUUCUCUUCUUUUCUUGAUUUCUCCAUAUUUAUUUUUCCUCCAACUCUUGUCUUUUAGAUAAAUGCAUGUUCUAGGGAAGUAACACUUCAUUUAGUAUAUAAUUGAUUGGUUCCUGAUUUUUUUGAUAUUGUUGGCACCUUUGGUCUUUUGUGAAAAUCAUGCAAUCUAGAAACCUUCAAUAAAUCUUGCUAACAUCAGUUCAAAGUCAUCAGGACUUCUUAUGAAGAACAUUUAUUUUUUGUUGUUAAUGCAGUCUCUUUCCUUUUUAGUAUAUAUUUCACAGUUACAUCAGUAGUUUCUUUGUAAAUAGUUUAUAUAAAUCUCUACACAUUGCAUAUCAAAAGUUAAACUUCUUCAGUAGACUAAUAAUUAUUUAUAGAGCACCAGCAAUAAAGACAAACUCAAAACACAUACAUAAAGUCACAUGAGUAGGUAUCAAGUGCAUCUUACAAGUUUAUUCACCAUCAUUCGAAUCAUAUCUACUUGAUCUCUCUCUUACAUACAGUGGAGGAAACUGGAAUACCCAGAGAAAACUAACGGUGGGCCUUGUAAACAGGUGUCACAUUCAGAGAUGUGUGUUAGAGUCAAGAUAUGAAUCAAUGACAACUGAUACCUAUUUACCCAUGCAAGCUAAAUGCACCUUCAAGAAGUACUUACGAUCAUUAAUAAAUAUGAACAUGAUUUGGAAAUAAAAAUACCUUCAUUUGCUCCUGUUUUUUUAUAUGCUGAAUUAAUUUUUUCCUCCUUUGUUUUCUAAUUGUUUUCUUUUAUUUCUGUUAUGUUUUUGUGGUCGUGCUUCGAUUUGGAUAAAAGUGUUGGACAAUUAUGUUUACAUGUGCUUCGGAUGCUUUUUCUUUCUUUUCUGGUUUGCUGUAUAUAAUGUUAUUUCGAAGUGUAAAUUGCACGGAUCUAAAGAUAUAUUGACUGGCGUCCACUCCACGGCCAUGCUUCGCUCGCUUCGGCAGCGACCUUGAGCUGCAGUGAAUCAAACUAAAAUGACGAUAUAGGUAUACAUGCAUGAUCAUGCAAAAACAAAAAAAGAGGCAAACUUGGAAAUAAAUCGUUUAUAUAU